CAUUUUUGAGGCAAAAGUUUUGUUGUUUUGCUUUUCAUAAUAGCGUUGAAUCACUCGUUGAAGGGAUUGUCUGUGAAUUGCAAAUACAAACACGUGUUAAGCAAUAGACGUAAACAUUGGCAUCGAUUUCAUGUGGUCUUCGUAUCGGCCGUAAUAUUGCGGUCAAUGUUUUGCCGACAAUGAGUGACCAAAUACUGGACGAAACCACUUGUUUUGAUACCAUUUACCGCGAGAUUGAGAUCGGUUUGGAUCCCAAGUUCAUCGGCAACGAAGAGCGAGCCAUUCAUCGCAUUCUGGAUCACAUGAAAUACAAAUACAAUUAUGAACUUAAAGGCGUUUUAAUGGAUUUCCGACACAUGAAGUUUGUCUCAGAGUUGGGCCGUAUUAUCGAUGACCAGCCGCUCAUCUAUUGGAAAAUCGGCGCCACUUUUAACACGUUUAAUGUGUCGGUCGGACAGCUGUUGAGGGCGAAGAUCAAUAGAAUGGGUGCUGAAUAUUGCGGUGCAUUAAUGGGCACUUGUAUUGACGCCACCGUUAUGUUCGCCGAAGACAUCGACAAAGAAGAGCUGAUGCCAUACAUACGGAUCGGACAGGAG